CGGUGUCGAGUCCCAGGUAGCAGCUCCGGCUCCAGCUCCCUCCCUGCCUUCCCUCCCUCACGGCCCGCCCUCACUCCCUCCCUCCCUCCCUCAGUCCGAGCCGGGGUGCGGACAGCAAUGCCCGGGAUGCAGCUGGACUUCGGGCCCCUGAAGGAGCCGAUCGGCUUCAUCAAGAUCCUCGAGUGGAUAUUUGCAAUUUUUGGAUUUGCAACAUGUGGUGGAUUCAGUGGCAAAACUGCACUGAAUGUGAAAUGCAAGGACUCCAAUGACAGCCAGUUAUUUACAGCGAACUUCCAAUAUCCAUUCAGGUUGAACACUGUUUCAAUCAUUCCCAAGGCAACCUGCAAUCAAACUACAGCAACCUACUUAAUGGGAGAUUUUUCAUCCUCUGCUGAGUUUUUUGUUGCAAUCGCAGUAUUGGCCUUUCUGUACUGUAUUGCUGCCCUUGUUCUCUAUAUCGGGUAUCUCCAUAUCUACCGGGAUGGCAACCGUGGACCGAUGAUUGACUUUGUUGUGACAGUUGUUUUUGCUUUCUUGUGGUUGGUCUCCUCUUCAGCUUGGGGGAAAGGCCUCACUGAUCUGAAAUACUCGACAAAUCCAGGAAACAUCAUAAAGUCCGUUCAGUUUUGCAAUGAACUGAAUAAAUGUACUCCCGGAGGGGUGUCUGGCAUGGGAAGCUUGAAUGUUUCUGUGGUGUUUGGUUUCCUCAAUGUGCUCCUGUGGUGUGGAAACGCAUGGUUUGUGUACAAGGAAACCAGCUGGCAUACUCCACCACAACCUCAGCAGGAUCCAGCAAAUGUGGCACCACCACCUCAAAACCCAUAAUGCUGCAGUUGGAAAUUUGUUGAGGCAUGUGUUUGCAAACUCACCAGAGCAUACAGUAGGUUUCAUAAUUACUCAACAUUGCAUUAGCUUGAUGGGAAAAUGCAUCUGUUGUAUUUGCUAUUUGUGCUGUUGUGUCAUAUGCCUUUUUGAUAGGUAGGGGUGAAGAGAAGAUGAAUGUGUGUAGUCCCAUUUAAAUUGGGGUUUACAAUGAAAGAAUGUGCAGACAUUGUCAAUGAUGAUGUCAAUGUUACACCACAUGUACAUAACACAGUGAAGCCCUUUCAAGAUCAAUCUAAUAUGCCAACUAUUUUCCUCCUUCGAUGGUGUUUGCUGCAGACUAUUUAUCAUGCAUGCUUAAAACCUCUAAUGAUCAGUAACCGACUAUUUGCCAAAUUUAAACUUCUCAUUGAGAUGGAAGAACAUUUAAAAGACAUGAUUUGCAUAUUAACAAGCCCUUGUGGAAUGUGCAAAGUACAGGAUUGCUCUUAAAUCUCUUUCGACUGGAAAAAAAAGUGUGCUACUUUUGGUUUUUAAGGUUGUCAUUCAAUGGUUAGUCUCUGAUUUGGUCUGUAUUGUAUUGAAUGAAGAUAGCUUGGUAUGUGAAAGACAUUGAUCUUUAAUGGGUUAUGCUGUGUUACACAACUCAAGCCAUUGCAAUAAGAAACAUUUUUACUACAUAACUGAAAAGUUAUCUUUUUUUUUGUUGCUUUUUCUACUUUCUUGUACAGAAAUUAUGGAAAGUGUUAAAGAAACUUUUUUUUUGGCCAAAUCUGCACUUGCUUUUUUGACAGGGGUGUUAAAUCAUUAGUUUCCUUGGUGCAGUACUUGAUGAUAAAUGGCACUUUCUCAAGUUUUGUGUAGUUUUGCUUUGGACUUGUCUGAUUUGGUUUUUCUGUUUAGUAAAGUGAAAAUCCUAAUUGUCAUCAUGACCCACUUUCAUUGUAAAUUACGUGCCUUAUAAAAUGAAGGUCAUUUGGUGAAGCUUGAAAAUAUUUAUCUAUCAUAAUCCUUGCUUGCUUUAUCUCAGUCUGGAAAUGUUUUGUUUUGCUGGUGCUGUUACUCAGUGGUUAAGGGCUGAUGACAUGAUGUGAUAAAGUACCAAAUGUAUUUGAGCUUUUUUAUAUAUAUGUUUGUACCCUGCCUCGUUUUUUUUGAUUUUGGGACUAUGCUUUUCUGUUAAUUCUCUGCUUCGUUAGAAGCUUAUGAAGGAGGCAGGAGGAAAAGAAGGAAAAAGAACUGAUUUGCUUCAUAGCCACUGUCAAAUUUACUCCUCUAAUAAAUCCAGAUUUUCACUGAACUCCAAGUGCCUUUUCAUCGUCAGACACUGGCUUGCAUUUUGAAAAUGGAAUUCUCAGAACAGUCCAUGUAUUUGAUUGGUGCUGCUGUAAGAAAUACCAUCAGCCUUAAAGCUGCAUCAAGUAUUUUGCCAAACUUGAUGAAUGCUUUGGCCUCAUGAGACGUCUGUUCUGAUUUAAAGGCCUCUGUUUAAGAAUUCAGGAAACAAAUAAAAUAUUUUCUGUUGACAAUAA